GGUCCUCAUCUGAUCGGGGGGUCUCCUAUGAUGGACAAUGGGGUCCACUUCUGGAGCCAAUCUGGGGAAGAAGAGGAAACUCGACAACAGAUUAUCAGGUGAGAAGCACUUUGUGGAUCAGCACCGGGAGAAGCUCAUCCAACGGAUCACUAUGAUACCUCCAGUGUUGGACAAUCUACUACAGGAAGGUCUUCUGACUCAGGAACAGUGUGACACUGUAAACGCUAAGGAAACCCCCCAGGAGAAGAUGAGGGGUCUGUAUCAAUUCAGCAGAGGAUGGAGUAUCCCUGACAAGGACAUCUUCUACCAAGCCCUCCAAGACAGCAACCCCGGGGUCAUGGAACACCUGGAAGGAACAUCAUUAUCAGCCAAUCUGGGGAAGAAGAGGAAACUCGACAACAGAUUAUCAGACAUCGGAGAGGAACACAGGGAGUCUAUGAAAGAGAAGUUCCUGAGGAUUCCAGAAUAUAAUUCCCGUAUGGGGGAGGCUGUUCAUCUAAAGAAAAGAUUCACCAAGUUAUCGAUGAUAAAGGGACAUAAGAAUAAAGAGGAAAAAGUACAAGAACUAAGGAGUUCAGGCAGAAGACAUGUACAGAUAAUGGAGAAAAGAUUCCCUAUCACGAUCCCGGCCCUCUUUGACCCUGAUGAAGAAGGGUUCAUCCCUAAGAUUGUUGUGUUACAAGGACCUGCUGGGAUUGGAAAAACAAUGACCUCCAAGAAGAUCAUGCUGGACUGGGCCUCUGGGGAUCUCUACAAAGACAAGUUUGAUUUUGUGUUUUAUCUGAGCUGUAGAGAAAUCAGCACCAUCCCUGGAGACAUAAGUCUUGUGGGACUUUUAUCCAGAACCUGCAGACUGCAGAGUUUAGAUGACCUGGUGUCUAUUCUGAAGGAUCGUGGAAGUCAGAGAAAACUUCUCACCAUAGUUGAUGGGUUUGAUGAACUGAGGUGGACCCUGGAGGAGAAAUUUGAGGGUUGUCCUGACAUUUCUAUGGAAACCCACAAAGAAAUAAUUCUCCAAAGCUUGCUCAGGAGACAGGUUCUCCCACGAUCUUCUCUGAUCAUCACCACAAGGUCACUGGCCAUGGAGAAACUUAAACCAUUCAUCGAUGAUUCUCGCAAUGUGGAAAUCCAGGGAUUUACAAGGGAUGAUCGGGAGGAAUAUGUCCAUAAUUUCUAUGGAAAUAAAGAAGAUGCAGACAAGGUUCUCAGUAUAAUAAAAGACAAUGAAGUUGUGUACACCAUGUGCGCCGUCCCCGUCACAUGCUGGAUUGUCUGCACUGUAAUGAAACAAGAAAUAAGAAAAGAUUUGGCUUUAAUUCAAUGUAAAACAACGACUUCAGUUUACCUUCUCUACCUGGAGGUUUUACUAACCCAUCACAGCAAGGAGGAGCAGUCUGUACGCCAGAAACAAACCUGUCUGAAGAAGCUGUGUGCUCUGGCCAAUCAGGGAGUUCUGAACCAACAAAUCUUAUUUGAGAAGAAAGAUCUAGAAAGACAUGGACUUUCUCUGGAUGAGGUGGAGUCUGUAUUUCUGAAUGAGAACAUCUUUCAUUGGGACGUCCGAACCCAGACCUGCUACAGCUUCAUCCACCUGACUGUACAGGAGUUCCUUGCUGCUCUCUAUUACGGGAUGGAUGAUGGGUCUGGGUCUAUGGAAGGGACUUCCCUCCCGGAGAUCUGUAAAGGGAAAUCACUCCAUCGCUUCAGAUCAGAUUCCUCACAUUUAUCAUUAUCUGUACAAUUCCUGUUUGGUCUCUUAAAUGAAAAUCAGGUGAAGACAUUCUCAGAUAUCACAGGAAUCCCCAUCUCACUCCGAGCCAAACCUGCAAUGCUAGCAUGGGCCACCAAGGACAUUAAUAAGACUUUCCCUACUCCUACCAUCUUCUGUCUGUAUGAGACUCAGGAUGAGGACUUCAUCAGGAGUGUCAUGUCUCGUUGCUCAAGUUUGGAGCUGUACGGCUCACGUACUGAUCACUUGUGGAUGAACAAGAAUUAUUCCAUGCAGCUGAACUAUUGCUUGAAGACUUUGAAGAGAGAAAGUUUUCAGUCUUUACAAUUUGAAUCGCUCAUUGUGGGUCCAGAGUGCCAGAAACUUCUCUCUCCAUUCCUACACAGGUGUCCGAAGGUCAGGUAAGUGACCUUAAAAAUAUCCUAACUGAAUGGAGAGAAUGGGCAG